AUGUGCUGUAACUACUACGGCAGCUCCUGUGGCUACGGCUGUGGAUACGGCUCCGGCUACGGCUGUGGAUACGGCUCCGGCUACGGCUGUGGAUACGGCUCCGGCUAUGGCUGUGGAUACGGCUCCGGCUAUGGCUGUGGAUACGGCUCUGGCUACGGCUGUGGCUAUGGUUCCCGUUAUGGCUGUGGCUACGGGUCUGGAUAUGGCUGUGGUUAUGGCUCUGGCUUUGGCUACUGUGGCUACAGGCCAUUCUGCUACAGAAGAUGCUAUUCUUCUUGCUGCUGA